GAUCAUUUUUUAUUUCUUUAACCCUUCUCUUUUCCAUUUGCUCAAAAUGCCCUAAACUGACCUUCUUCCUCCUCCCUCUCUCCCUUCAUCAUCUUCCCAGUUCCUUCAGGAUUAUAACAUCAAUCAACUUGUUAUAAUCUUCCAUUCUCACCACCAAUCCACCAUCCUGCAAAUCUUAUCACCCAAAACAAAAAAUAUUUAUCAAAUAUUAUAAUUUUUAAAAAUAAAGAAAUGAAAAAGCAGAUCAGCUACUUUAUUAGCUAAGUUACUAGUACUCAACAGUGUACAACUCCAAAUUUUACAUAUACCAUCCUAAAAUCUAGCUAAAGGCAUCCCCAACAUCAUUAUAUUCUUCAUCAUAAUAUCUAUCAUAUUUUCUCUUCCUUUCAAUAAAGUUUUCCUAGAAUUGUUCAUUUUCAGGUAAAGAAAAAAAAUAAUAAUAAAAAUAAAAAGAUUCCUUAAUUCCCUCAAAAUAAACUAAACCCACAUCGCAUUAAAUUCAUAAGCUUACUGAUCUAAAUCUUUACAACAUAAAAGAUUAAGGAGAGAGAAAAAAAAAAGAAUUAUAUUCAUGGAUCUCAUUCCACCAUCUUCAUCAUCAACUUCAGCGGGUUCUAACAAUGGGCAGCUUAGCAGGUAUGAGAAUCAGAAACGAAGAGACUGGAAUACUUUCGGGCAAUACCUAAAAAACCACCGUCCUCCAAUAACAUUACCUCGUUGUAACGAGGCCCACGUGCUUGAAUUUUUAAGGUAUUUGGAUCAGUUUGGAAAGACUAAGGUUCAUAAUCAGGGUUGCCCUUUUUUCGGGCACCCGAACCCGCCUGCUCCAUGUCCAUGCUCACUUCGUCAGGCAUGGGGAUCACUUGAUGCUCUCAUAGGUCGUCUUAGGGCAGCUUAUGAAGAAAACGGAGGCCCACCCGAGAGUAACCCAUUCGGAGCUCGUGCAGUCAGACUUUAUCUUCGUGAGGUUAGGGAUUCGCAGGCUAAGGCUCGAGGUAUCAGCUAUGAGAAGAAGAAGCGUAAACGGGCUCCACCCACUAGGGAGAUGACUUCACCACCACAACUUCACCAUCACCACCUCCAUGGUGAGUCUAGUUUUAGUGGAAGUUUUUUAACUGGCCUAUCUAUGGAUGAUCAUCACGGUGGAGGUGAUAGUGGUGGUUGUGGAAGUGGAGAAAGGAGUUUCCCAUAAAUUUAUACUUUUUCUGUCCACUACACUUGCUAUUGACAGUGACAUUUUCUUCGUAAUAUGUCAUAUCGGAAUGCCAGUGUUUGGAAACAGAGGAAGUAUAUAAAAGUAUGAUCCUGUUAUGUUUAUUAUCAUGGUAAGUUUAAUCGUAUUAUGUUUACCCUAGCUAGUUGAGGAGUAGUUAGCUACUCCAUUAUGCUAUAGCCUAUAGUAUAGUAGUAUGAUCUUAUAUUGAGUACUAUUUUUGAUAUGUAUGAUGUGAUGAUGAACAUGAUCAUGGGACAAAUCAAUUACAUUUGAAUGAUUUUGGAGUUGGAA